AAAGAUUCUUCAAGAGUAGGGUUUCCCUCAUACGAACCUCAAUACAAAAUACUUCAUCUUCUUCAACAAGGGUAUGGAAUUUAUUCUUGUGAUUUUCUUGGUUUUUCCCCUGACGUUUUUAUUUACGAAUGAAAACAUUUUUUUUCUUUGGUUUCCCAUGUACUUCCCAUGCAUGCUCGUCGAGGCUGUGGGUUCCAUCUUGCUGUUUCCACGAGUGUGACAAGCGUGUUAGUCUGUUAUGUGGAAUUUGAGUUUCAUACUACCAAAAAUAUUUUCCUAAUUAAAUACACCUGGAUAAAUUUCUCUCUUUCUAAAUUUCCAAGUUCAAUAAAUACAAAUAAAUAGAUUUCCUAAAACUUCGAGACAUUAUCAAACACAAUCCUUUUCAAUUCCCUUGAGAAAAAAAAUCCAGCAACCAGAAUUCUAGAACUUCUAGCGUUCAUGGAGCAUCCAACUUCUAGUUAUUAAGCGCGGUGUCUAAUACAAACCACUGAUGGUGGCCACAUAGGACCAAAUUGUACAUCUGGUCUCAGUUAUAUAUGAUCAAUGAAUUGUCAGAUCAAACAAAUCGCCCCAAAAGCCCUCGCCCCUAUCUCUCAAAACCCUGCCAUGUCUCUUGCAAACCCUCUCUCGCCACUCUCUCUGAACCCUCUGUCCUUUCUCUGAGACCCACAAGCCACGAUCAAGCUUUCAUCUUCUUCAACAAGUUUUAUCCUGACACUAGAAAGAUCUGGGUCUGAUUGACUCUGAAAACUAUCAAAUGAAGCCUCCAAGUCAUUCCAAAAUUAAGAUAGUGGAUGGAAUGAAGGUUAAGGUCAUAUCACGGUCGGCUGAGGAGUUCACUCGCGAACGAAGCCAAGAUCUCCAGAGGGUCUUUCGGAACUUUGAUCCAAAACUACACGCUCAAGAAAAAGCAGUCGAAUAUGCCCGUGCUCUUAAUGCAGCGAAGUUGGAGAAGAUAUUUGCCAAACCAUUUCUGGGAGCCAUGGAUGGGCAUGUUGAUGCAAUUUCUUGUAUGGCAAAGAAUCCGAAUUACCUAAAGGGCAUAUUUUCAGGUUCAAUGGAUGGAGAUAUUCGUCUUUGGGAUAUAUCUUCGAGGAGUACAGUUCAACAGUUUGUGGGUCACAAAGGUGCUGUGAGAGGCUUAGCAGCAUCUACAGAUGGAAGCAUUCUUGUAUCAUGUGGAAAUGAUUGCACGGUCAGGCUCUGGAGUAUUCCGGGGCCGAAGAUUGCUGAUUUGGACGAUGCGUCUGAAAAUGCCUCAAAUCCUCUUGCAGUUUAUGUUUCGAAGAAUGCUUUUCGUGCAGUUGAUCACCAGUGGGAUGGUAAUCUGUUCGCCACAGUUGGUGCACAAGUUGAUAUAUGGGAUCAUAGCAGGUCUGAGCCUGUGACUAGCUUUGCCUGGGGAAGUGAUACUGUUGUCUCAGUUCGAUUUAAUCCGGCACAUAAAGAUAUAUUAGCAACUUCAGCUAGUGACCGCAGCAUAACUUUGUACGAUCUGCGUAUGGCAUUGCCGUCCAAGAAAAUUGUCAUGCAGACAAGAACGAAUGCUAUUGCUUGGAAUCCGAGGGAGCCAAUGAACUUUUCCUUGGCAAAUGAAGAUUGCAACUGCUAUAGCUAUGAUAUGAGAAAUAUGGAACAAGCAAAGUGUGUUCACAGGGACCAUGUGUCUGCUGUCAUGGAUAUUGACUACUCUCCCACUGGUCGGGAGUUCGUCACUGGAUCUUAUGACAGGACUGUAAGGAUUUUCCAAUAUAAUGCUGGCCAUAGCAGAGAAAUAUACCACACCAAGAGAAUGCAGAGGGUCUUCUGCGUGAAAUUUAGCUGUGAUGCUUCAUAUGUGAUUUCUGGGAGUGAUGACACCAAUCUGCGGUUGUGGAAGGCUAAGGCAUCGGAACAAUUAGGAGUUCUUCUUCCAAGGGAACGUAAGAAGCAGGAAUAUCUAGAUGCUGUCAAGGAGCGGUUCAAGCACUUGCCUGAGGUUAAGCGCAUCGUCAGGCAUCGGCACCUUCCGAAACCGAUAUACAAGGCGGCAUCCCUGCGGCGUACCAUGGCAGACGCAGAGAAGAAGAAGGAGGAGAGAAAGAGGGCUCAUAGUGCCCCUGGGACUGUGGUCACUGUUCCCCUUCGCAAAAGGAGAAUUGUCUCUGAAAUCGAAUAAAACAAGAGUAGUUGAUGCCUGCUCACAAUGGAGGACAACUGCCCCAGUGGUUGGUACGAAUCCGUGACAAUGUUUGGAUUGAUACAAGAAGCUCUUAGAUUCAACUUACUUCAUCGAAGACAACAACAAAAUUUUGGGAAUGAUGAAGAGGAGGCAAGCAUUUUCAUGACCUGUGUGGCGGUUGGCGGUUGCGGAACUGUUAAAGAUGUUUCUUUUUUGGUAACUCCCUUGCUUGUUUAUAUGAAUUAGUUGUGAAGAUCAUCUUUGUUGUUGGCCUAGUGAUACUUUAAUGUUACUCGUGUUCAGCUUGAUGGGUUCUUAAGUUAAAGAACACUGGUUCUAUGAUUGAGCCCAAUGUAACGUGAUGGAUGAUUGUAUGAAUGGGCUGAGUUUUAGAAACUAAAAUUUUGUACAAAUUGUUUGAAUGAUUUGGCGUUAUA